AUGAUUAGUGUGUACUGCUAUUCAUUAUGGCCGAGCUUGAGGCGCUUAACAGAAUCUUCAAGGAAUUAGGCCUUACAGCUGAAAAACAAGAGAAAGGAAUGCAGUUGUAUGAGGAGAAAGCAAAGCUUCUAACCAUUGCCUUCCUCAUUUUCCAAGGCAUAGUUUUGAUCUCAAUCACCAUUCAAGCUUCAUCCAGCCAAUGCCAGAAUUGGUGGGUACCCUUCACUCUCUCCCUGUUAUCAUCUUUAAUCUAUAUUUUGGCUUUCUUGAAUACCAUGGCAAACUUUUUCCGGGUUCAGUAUCAGCUAGACUUGAAUUUCAUAGAGCAGGAAACUGUGAAUAAUCAAAUACAUGGAGCUGAAAAGCCAUAAAUACAGAUCGGAGAACCGUACUGCGAGCCCCGAGCAGAGCCCUGCCUGUAAAAUAUUGAAGCCUGAUGAGGUUUAACUAUUAAAGUCCAAAAAUUUUUAUAAACAUGGUAAUAGCAGCUUUGAAUUCUUUUGCAGUUAUGAUGUUAUUCGCUUGUAUUGUAACUUGGAACUCUUUUUUGGGCAACCAAAGCUUGAGUUUGGUUGAAUCGAUUGCACCACCGUUUACCUCAGUUAAGCCUGACUGUGAGGCGUUGCGUUGAUUCCAUCAGGCUACUUGAUCUUGUAAAAAUAAUCCCGAUUAAGUGUCAUCACAAAUUAAAAGUUUGAUUAUAACAAAUGUUAUUGGUUGUAAUAAAAACUACUAAUAUCAAUGAAAAAUAUAUAUAUGUGAGAAAUACUUAAGUGUCUAAUAGUUAUAAAAAAAAUGAAAUUAAUGUUUACAGACAAAUGCACAGGAUGCCAUUAAUUAUUUAAUCAAAGAGAAAAAUAAGUUUCUAACUCUCAAAGAGGGAACUAUGAAGGAAAAACCGACAAAGAAAUAGAAAUUCCAGUGACGUGGCACAGUUUAAGGGGUAAAUUAAUCAAAAUUCUGUAGCUAAACCCAAUUGGGUUCGUCUCUAUUUGCGAGCAUAACCUUCCAGGCUUCCAGCAUACGUUACUGACGAUGCCAAUAUACCAACAAAAUAGGAAAAAAAAAAAAAAGGAAGUUUAGAAAAGCGCAUAAAAAAUUGAAGCGCGAGGCUCAUUUUACCUGUCACGCAAAACCCCAUCAGAAUCCAUCGAAGAAUUGAAAGAUCCCUCUCUUCAACCAUAAUUCAAAAUUCGAGGUCCAUUCCUUACACUCUGCUCGCUUCGACGUCUCCGCAAUUCCAUAAGAUAAUAUUAGAUGGAGAAUAUGCAAUAUGCUGAAGAGCUUGUGAGGGAAUAUUUGGUCUUCCGAGGAUUUACAAAUACAUUACAAGCUUUUGAGACGGAAUUGUGUACCGAUAUUGGUAAAGGGUUUCAAGUUAAUAAGAUAUUAGACUUAAUUUUCGCGGUAUAUAUUCCUAAAUUCCAGGCCGAAAAACUAGUUGGUCUGUUCAGUUUCUUUAAGCAGUGCUUUUCGUCGUGGUCCGAGACUGUGGUGCUUGAUACCUUGUCGAAAUUGGAGGGUUCCAUUCUUCAAUGUUACAUUGUUCAUGCGUUGCAAUCUGGGAGGAAAGAUAAGGUUGUGGAGUUUUUUGGAAUGAAUGGAAAUGAUCUGCUUCUAAAGAGUUAUGAUUGGAUUCCUUGGUUUGCCAUUCCUUAUUUAAAGAACCCAAGCUUGGAUCCUCAGUUUCGUGUUUAUUUCUCCAAGGAAUGGUAUGAAGCUCUCCGUCUUUCUGUGAGGAAUUUUUUUAGCGAGAUCUUCAAUGGUACUCGCCUCCCUGCCCUACUGAAGAUCAGUUCAGAAAAAAACACAAUUAGCCGUCUUAAGAAAGACAACAAGCAUCUUAAUCUCAAGCUAUCACAACUUCAGGCCUUACUGGAGGAGAAGGAGGUUCAAUCAGGUCAAUCAAAAAGGAGCAUAGGAGCAACUACCAGUUCGACUACAUCAAGUGGUGUAGAUGAUGAAAAUCUACAUCUAUCCACAAGUAGUGAGGAACAAUGUGCUCCUGCAACCGCACAUUUGAGUAAAAGGGAGCUGAGUGAGGAAUGUUCUGCCACUGAACCUGCCCAAAUCAUAGCAAGCCGUGUCAAGUCCUCAUCUGGGCAUGAUUUAUUUUCUGCUUCAACUCUUCAUGCUUCGUAUAGUGGAGUUGAUGAUACUGCUUCUAGGUUCUAUGGUAGCCAUUUUGUUGAGAAUGGCAGAGACGUGCUUAGAGAAGAAGAAUUUCCUGAAGUGAGUGCAGAGUUCCAGGAGACAUUUCUGGGCCACACAAGUCCAAUUACUCGUUGCCGGUUUUCUGCAUCUGGGAACAAUAUAGCUAGUGCUUCUGUGGAUGGCACUGUCAGGAUAUGGACAUAUGACUCAUCAAUUCCGGCAUCUAGAAAUGCGACCAUAUAUUGUGGAGCUGAGAUUAUGUCACUUGACUGGGAAUGCAAAUCUGACCGAUUGCUUCUCAUAGGCACUGCUGAUGGAGGCAUUAAAGCAUGGAAUGUCGAUGCUAAGAGAGUUGUCUGUGAUCUGAAUACGACCGAAGCCUUUCCAAGUGUCUUGGAUUUAAAGUGCAGCCCUGUGGAACCUAUAUUUGUUUCUGCAGCUUCAUCAAGAAGGCUUGGUUCAAACUCUAUCGACUCUCUGGGGUAUGCUUCAUUGACUGUAUGGAACAUGAAAACAUGGAAAGCUAUGACAGUCCUUCCUCUUGGUGAAGAUCCGCCUGCAAUUACUUCCCUAUGCUUCAAUCACAAUGGGAAGAUUUUAGCUGCCUCUGCAACUGAUGGAAUGAUUCAUAUGUUUGACAUGUCUGCUGGUCUACAAAUAACCGGGUGGCCUGCACAUGAUACUGCAAUAAGCUCACUUCUUUUUGGGCCAGAUGAGACAAGUAUUUUUAGCUUGGGUUCGGAUGGAAAGAUAUUCGAAUGGAGCUUGCAAAACCAAGGUCAUGUCCUCUGGUCAAGAACUUGUAGCAGGUUUUCAGACCACGAGACAUCAAAAUAUUGUAGACAUGAAAUGGCAUUGGAAGCUAAUGGAAGGCAGCUAUUAGUAACAUCUGGUUCUGUAAGAGCGCCCAUAUAUCAGGUACGAGGCCAUUCAAAUGGGUUGAGAACUCUUCCUCACAGUGCAGCUAUAACAACUGUGGAUUGGCACCCAAGCUUGCCCAUUUUCUUGACUGGAUCAGCUGAUAACUCAGUUCGGGUAACUUCCAUACUGUGAGGACGCUUCAUGUCUGGUAUCUCUUUCUCCAUGGGUUGCCAGUUUCACGGAAAUGAAGUGAUGCCUAUUGUUAUAGGAUUAGAGUUGAGGAAAUGUCAAAAAUGUUUUCCAUAAUUGCAUAGUUGUUUGAGCAUGUGUGCGGAAGAGGUGAUAUUAUGAGUCAUGAUAUGUAAUUCAUUGAAUUGUUUGUACCAUAAUGUAUUUGUCAUUUGUUGUUGUAGAGUUUA